AUUUCCUUUCAGCUCUCAGCCAGAAGAAGACAGCAGCCAGCGUAGACAAUCCUGGGAUUCUUGUUUGAUCCCCUUACUGUAAAUCUAUGACCAUUCCUGUCAUAACAACCAAGGAUAAUGGCAAAUAAGAAGAAAGUAAUAGUAACAGGUUUUGAGCCUUUUGGCGAACAUGCAGUGAACUCAAGCUGGGUGGCAGUGCAGGAACUGGAGCGAUUAGGGCUGGGUGAAGCAGUAGAUCUUCAUGUGUGUGAGGUGCCCGUUGAAUACCAGGCUGUUCAGAGCCUAUUGCCAUCACUGUGGAAAGAGCACCAGCCACAGUUAGUGGUCCAUGUCGGUGUUUCUGGGUUAGCCACCACUGUCACUCUGGAGCAGUGCGGCCACAACAACGGUUACAAACGUCCGGACAACUGCAGCUUCUGCCCAACUUCCCGGUGUUGCAUAGAGAAUGGCCCCGACUGCAUACACUCGGUCCUGGACAUGGAUACUGUCUGUAAAAGGGUCAAUGACUCUGGCCUCGGGGUCACUCUUUCUGUGUCUAAAGAUGCUGGAAGGUAUCUGUGUGACUACACCUACUACACCUCUCUGCACCUGGGGCACGGUCGCUCUGCCUUCAUCCAUGUGCCUCCACUGGGGAAACCCUACAGCAGCCAGGACCUGGCGAGAGCUCUUCAGGCUGCUGUACAGGAGAUGAUGAAACAGCUGGAACUGGAUCACAAACACAAUGAGUGCUGCAACCAUGAGCAUCAAGACCAGCAUGACUCUGAGUAAUGAACCCCUGGCUUUAAUACAAGCUUUAAUCAACUACUGAGGCAAGUUAAAUGAUAAUUGAUUUAGGUGUGGUGCUCAAAAGAUUAAAAAACCUGUGACUCAUAGUUCAGGUAGUGAUGAGUCAGUCCAUUAGCUCCAGGAUUGAAUGCCAUUAUGGUGAAUGCCAUUUGGUGCUAUUAACUGUAAUAUCAGUGACAUGUGUUGUAUCUCAAACAUAUUGAAGGUUUUACAGAUUGCAGCACCCUGAUUACAGCAUCUGUUUAUUGAAGACCUGGUCUGGGUCCUUGCAUGUGUAGGUUUGAAUGUGUGUGCAGGAGUAGUGGGCAGCUGUGAGUGUUACUCAUGUCCUUACAAGCCUGCUUCCAAAAGACUGUGGAAACUGAUGUCAACUUUACACUUAUGGGCAUACUAACAUUGUAUGUGAAAAGGGGGAUUUAUAAGACUAUAUGAACAUGGAAUUAGUAGUAAUAAUUGAAAUGAUGAUGUCAUUCCCUUGUGUUGCUUGUAUUUGCACCAGAAAAAUGUGAUGACUUUGAAAUGAAGGAGAACCUGAAGAGAUUUUAAGAUUCACACACACUAAUUAUUGAUCGUUCAUCUCAGGGAAUAUAUUGCACAUGCAAUCAGUGUUAAAGGUCCAGUGUGUAACAUUUAGGAGGAUCUAUUGGCAGUAAUAGAAUAUAAUAUGCAUGAGCCUUUUAUAUAUACCGAGGCCACGGGUCGCCUUCCAUGGAGUCCGCCAUGUUGAACCGCAUGUUUCUACAGUAGUCCAGAAGGGACAAACACUGGCUCUAGGGUGAAGUGAGGGAAAUGCAAAUACAGAGCAAAUGCCACUAAAUCCUACACACUGGACCUUUAAAUGAUGUUAUAAAUAAAAUAAGUGUGUCUGUCCUAUGUAUGUAGUGCAGUUGUGCAAGGCGAAGCCAGCGUAAAGCUGUGUAUUAUUAAAACACUUCACUCAGUUA